CAUUAAACACGCCUCCUCCUCGGUCUGUCCGCCAAACUCAUGUAGCUAUGUUCACAGUUGUAUUUUAUCAAAACGCUUCACUCAGUUGCCGUUUUCACACACCGUGAAUCAUUUUAACUUCGUCUUGAUCUGAAUCGCUGCUUUUUCAUUGCUGCUCACCUGCACGUCUGCAGAAGAUGCUUCUCCGGACGUUGCUUUGCAGACUGGGAGCUCCGCGGCCUGCAGACAGUAAACCAGUCUGCCUUUUUGCCUCGGCCAGUCUCUCCCAGUCUCUCCAGCCCCACAAGUAUGAAUCCAAACCCAGGACUCACUCUGCUCCGUGGAUCUUUUCAAGGACCUGCCAUUUGAACUCUCUUCACCAACAGCACCGAGGACUGGCUGUUUCAGGUGGAUUUAAAAGCCUAAGCGGUGCUUUGUUAGGUGACCCCAGGACACUGACUAAUUGUAAAAGUGGACAAACACGUUUUUAUUCGUCCAGCUUUGUAAAGACGGUGUUAAAAUCAAAUUUAAAACCAGUAGCAGUGCCUGGAAUAAGGGCUCCCAAAGGACCACGGACAAAACAACCCUCUCGAGCCAAUCAGCCUUCGCAGAGCGAGGUCAAGGACAUGAUGCAAUGCAUUGCCUUUGCAACAGCAGAUCAGUAUCAUUUGCCAACACUGUGCCACGACUUGACAAGCCACGGCUUCCAGGAGAUAGAUUUACCAAGAGAUGCCUCAAACGUGCUGGUGAUCAGCACAGACAUGGCUGCAAAACCAGAAGACGUUGCUGUAAUGUUCUUCUUCAGGGAAGGCUCAGUAGUUUUCUGGAACGUUGAAGAGAAAACGUUGAAACAGGUUUUGAGAAUAUUGGAACGUCAUGAGAUCCAGCCGUAUGAAGUAGCACUAGUCCACUGGGAGAACGAGGAGAUCAACUACAGUAUCGGAGAGGGAAAUACGAAUCUUGAGCGUGGCAGCUUUAUUCUGUGUGACCACAUGGAUCAAAACGAAGCCGUCCUGGAGAAAUUUGCGUUUUCAAAUGCUCUGUGUUUGUCUGUGAAGUUGGCGAUCUGGGAGGUUGCAUUAGACAACUUUGUCGAUUCGAUUCAGUCGAUUCCAGAGACGCUGAAGUCUGGCAAAAGAGUGAAGUUGUCCUCUGCAGAGGUUAUGAGGAAGAUAGGAGAGCUUUUCACGUUGAGACACUGUAUAAACCUGAGGUCCGACCUGCUGCUCACACCUGAUUUCUACUGGGACCGAGAAAAUCUGGAAAAACUCUACGAAAAAACCUGCCAGUUCCUCAGCAUCAACCGCAGAGUCAACGUCGUGAACGAGAAGCUGGAACAUUGCACACAGCUGACGGACCUGAUGAGGAGCCACCUGAGUGAGAAGCACAGCUUGAGGUUGGAGUGGAUGAUCAUCAUCCUCAUCACCAUCGAGGUGAUGUUCGAACUCGCGAAAAUGGUCUUCUAAACCGCGCCUCCAAGGAUGCACAAAUCUAAAAAUGGUCACGAGAGGCUACAAGGGGCGAAUGCUGCAGUGUUCAAAGGUACUCAGGCGGUGAUUUGUGACACUGAAACUGGAAUCGUGAAGGAGACCUAAAUAGUUUUGAAUGUCUUAUUCUUCAUGUUCAAGUAUGUACAUUUCAACAAAACACCAAAAAGACUUUAUUGUCAGACAUGUUACUAACUGUUGCUGAGAAUUGAUGAAGAAAGCCAUUUUCUUUUAUCUUGAUGGCCACAGACCCCUGAUUUCAUUCCCUGUUGUCAUGUGUUUUCCCACCUCCUGCCACAGACCCCCGAUUCCACCCCCUCUUGUUCAUUGUCCCCCUAUCUCCUGCCAUUUGAUUAGCAACUGUAUGCUAUCAGAACCCCGACUCCACCACCCGUCUAGUCACCAGACUCCCAUUUCAUCACCUGUGGUUCAUUGCCCCUCUUACCUCCGGUCAUUUGAUUAGCAACUGUAUGUUAAUUUACCUCUAUUCACUUCUGUAUUUACAUACAGGCCCCCCC